GUUUUUCCUUUUUCACCAUCAAUCCAUUAUUUUGUAGGCCACCACUUUAAAAGUGCACCCUAAUAUACAUAAUACCAAAAAAAGCUUAAAAAAAACUGUGAAUGAAACAUUUCAUUAUGUACUAACCUUUAUUUCUUGUUGUUUAACCAUUUAAAUAUGGGAGCUGGGUGAUAGGCGUGUUCCUAAUGAUGGGUGAGAUAUCUGCUGAGUCAGGUGCUUUUCGAGUUUGGCAUGCUGUAUUGCCAUGAGCUAGAAAGUAAUUCACUACUCCCACCUCUUUUUACUUUUUUCAGACUUUCUUUGAAAGUUCCAGUAUUCUGUAACAUCAUCUGACCUUCACAUGUCAUUGGAGCUCCAAAUACACAAAUGCAAAUUGGCCACUAACGUCUUGUGGUAUGCCUUUGGCUGAUCACAGUAUUCCAGAUCACAUGACCACAGUAAUUCAUCAAUAGUGCAGAAAUUUUAUACUAACAAAAAUCCACCUUCAGAUUUGAAUAGAGAAAAAGAACUAAAACCUAGUAUUGUGAAUCCUUGAGUGGCUGUGGAUUCACACUGAAUGAGCCAAGGCCUGGGUGUUCUCCACAGACUUCCUGCCUACUUCUGGAAUCAGACGCCAUGCAUCCAGAUCUUGGACCCUUAUGGACACUGCUGUAUGUUAUUCUUUUGAUUCUGUGUUCUUCUGUGAGUUCAGACUUGGCACCUUAUUUUAUUUCUGAGCCUCUCUCUGAGGUCCAGAAGUUUGGUAGACCUGUGGUACUACGUUGUUCUGCUAAACCCGUGACUGCUCACAUCUCAUGGUUGCAUAAUGGAAAACAUUUGGAUAGAAACAUGGAACAGAUUAAGAUUCACCAGGGGACAUUGACAAUCCUUUCUCUCAACCCCUCCCUUUCGGGUUACUACCAGUGCAUUGCCAACAAUAGCAUCGGUGCAGUUCUAAGUGGCCCUGCAACAAUAUCCCCUGCAGUUCUUGGUGACUUUGAUUCUUCAACAAAGCAUGUUAUUACAGCAGAAGAAAAAAGCACUGGUUUCGUUGGCUGCAGAGUACCAGAGAGUAAUCCUAAAGCUGAAGUGCGCUAUAAAAUCCGGGGGAAAUGGCUGAAACAUUCCACAGGGAAUUACAUAAUUCUUCCAUCAGGAAAUCUUCAAAUUUUGAAUGUAUCCUCAGAGGACAAGGGAUCAUACAAAUGUGCAGUUUAUAAUCCUGUCACCCAUGAAUUAAAAGUCGAACCCAUUGGCCAAAAGCUCCUUGUGAGUCGCCCUGCCUUGGAUGGGUUUCACAUUCUUCACCCUACCCUUCCACAGGCAUUGGCUGUCCUUUCUCAUAGCUCUGUAACCCUGGAGUGUGUGGUGAGUGGGGUCCCAGCCUCACAAGUGUAUUGGCUGAAGGAUGGGCAGGAUGCUGUGCCGGGAAGCAACUGGAGAAGGUUACAUUCACAUCUUGCCACUGCUAGCAUUGAUCCAGCAGACUCUGGAAACUAUUCCUGUGUGGUGGGCAACAAAUCUGGCGACGUAAAACAUGUCACUUAUGUGGUUAAUGUACUCGAACAUGCUUCAAUUUCUAAGGGACUGGAAGAUCAGAAAGUAUCUCUGGGUGCCACAGUACUUUUCACUUGUGAUGUUCGUGGGAACCCAGCACCUAACCUUACCUGGUUUCAUAAUGCACAGCCUAUUCGUCCUUCCCCACGACAUUUAACUGCAGGAAAUGGACUGAAAAUUACUGGGGUUACAAUGGAAGACUCUGGACUGUAUCAGUGUGUGGCAGAUAAUGGGAUUGGAUUUAUGCAGUCCACUGGAAGACUUCAAGUUGAAAAAGACAGUGGAUUUAAGCCAGUUAUAAUUACUGCACCAGCAAGUGCCAGAGUGGUAGAUGGAGACUUUGUGACUUUGUCCUGCAAUGCCACUGGAGUGCCAGUUCCAGUCAUUCGUUGGUAUGGCUCCCACGGAUUGAUAACCAGCCAUCCAUCUCAAGUCCUUAGGUCUAAAUCUCGAAAGUCACACUUAUUAAGACCUGGAGCCCUUGACCCAGUGCCUGUCUACUUCAUCAUGUCCCGAGCUGGCUCAAGCUCGCUCUCUAUUCAGGCUGUUAAUCAGGAGCAUGCUGGGAAAUAUAUCUGCGAAGCUACAAAUGAUCAUGGCACCACACAGUCAGAGGCAUUUCUUACAGUUGUUCCUUUUGAAACAAAUACAAAAGCAGAAACAGUCACACCUUCUGAUGCUACCCAGAAUGAUGAAAGAGACCAAAGAGAUGGUUCAGACUCUGGCUUAUUGAGCUCAAUUCCAAUGAAAAUAUAUCCCAGUGGAGUGGAAUCAUUAUCAGAGAAGAAUGCCAGUGGCACCUCCGCCCCUGAUGCCCCCAUCAUCCUGAGCCCCCCACAAACCCAUACGCCAGACACAUACAACCUGGUUUGGAGGGCAGGAAAAGAUGGCGGACUGCCCAUCAAUGCCUAUUUUGUGAAAUAUCGAAAGCUGGACGAUGGUGCUGGUAUCGUGGGAAGCUGGCACACAGUUCGAGUCCCAGGAAGUGAAAAUGAGCUGCAUUUAACUGAACUGGAGCCAUCUAGUCUUUAUGAAGUUUUGAUGGUGGCAAGAAGUGCUGCAGGUGAGGGUCAGCCAGCCAUGCUCACCUUCCGAACCAGCAAAGAAAAAACAGCAUCAUCAAAAAACUCCCAGGCCUCUUCUCCACCCGUGGGCGUCCCUAAGCAUCCUGUGGUUUCAGAGGCAGCAAACAACAAUUUUGGAGUGGUGCUUACAGAUUCCGCCAGGCAUAGUGGAGUUCCAGAGGCUCCAGAUCGGCCUACCAUCUCUACUGCAUCAGAGACCUCUGUGUAUGUCACUUGGAUUCCCCGGGCGAAUGGUGGGUCUCCAAUUACUGCCUUCAAGGUGGAAUAUAAGAGGAUGAGGACUAGCGAUUGGCUGGUGGCAGCUGAAGAUAUCCCUCCCUCCAAACUUUCUGUGGAAGUUCGUAGUUUAGAACCAGGUUCAACGUACAAAUUUAGGGUCAUUGCCAUCAACCAUUAUGGUGAGAGUUUUCGAAGUUCGGCUUCUCGUCCCUAUCAGGUGGCUGGAUUCCCCAAACGUUUUUCCAAUCGACCGAUAACUGGACCUCAUAUCGCCUACACAGAGGCUGUUAGUGACACACAGAUCAUGCUAAAGUGGACGUACAUUCCAUCAAGUAACAAUAACACUCCCAUUCAAGGAUUUUAUAUCUAUUACCGACCAACAGAUAGUGACAAUGACAGUGACUAUAAGAGGGACGUUGUAGAAGGUUCAAAGCAGUGGCACAUGAUUGGUCACCUCCAGCCAGAAACCUCCUAUGAUAUUAAAAUGCAAUGCUUUAAUGAAGGAGGAGAGAGUGAGUUUAGCAAUGUGAUGAUCUGUGAGACUAAAGUGAGACGUGUCCCUGGAGCUUCUGAGUAUCCUGUCAAAGACCUGAGUACUCCUCCAAAUUCUUCAGGAAGUGGAGGAAAUGCUGGGCCUGCAACCAGCCCUGCCAGAAGCAGUGAUAUGUUAUACCUCAUUGUUGGCUGUGUGCUUGGUGUCAUGGUCCUCAUUCUUAUGGUUUUCAUUGCAAUGUGCCUAUGGAAGAGUCGCCAACAGAAUGCCAUACAGAAAUACGACCCACCAGGAUAUCUCUACCAAGGGUCAGAUAUUAAUGGGCAGAUGGUGGAAUUUACCACUGUCUCUGGAGCAAACCGAAUAAAUGGAAAUGUCCAUGGUGGCUUCCUGAGCAAUGGCAGCCUCAGCAAUGGCUGCUCUCACCUCCACCAUAAGGUUCCUAACGGAGUCAAUGGAAUUGUGAAUGGGAGCCUAAAUGGGGGAAUUUACUCUGGGCACACAAACUCUCUAACCAGGACACGGGUGGAGUUUGAACAUCCUCGUCAUCUACUGAAUGGUGGUGGAAUGUACACAGCAGUCCCCCAGGUUGACCCUCUGGAGUGCAUUAACUGUCGGAAUUGUCGAAACAACAAUAGGUGUUUCACCAAAACCAACAGCACUUUUAGCAGCAGCACCCUUCCCUUGGUCCCAGUGAUAGCACCUUAUCCUCAGGAUGGCUUGGAAAUGAAGCCCCUCAAUGCCAUGAAGAUGCCUGUGUGCCUGGCUUCCACAGUCCCUGACUGUGGCCAGUUACCUGAGGAGAGCAUCAAGGACAGGCUGGCACCCCUACCUACCCAGCAUAUCUGCUGUCAGGACAAUAUAAAUGGCAUCAAUUCUGAAUCUACAGAAGACACAACAGAGUUUAACAGAGGAGAGAGCUGUGGCCAUUCAGAAACAGAAAACAAAAUUUUAAGUUGGAAACCUCUGAUUUUGCCACCUGUUUCAGAGGACUGUACUGAGAAGACUACGUGGUCUCCCCCUGGCAUUCCAUCAGAGAGCUCAUCAGGGGUCCUUCAGCAACCCCAGGAAACCUGAGGAUGUGCAAAUACAUAGCCAGGUUCCCACCUCAAGCCAGUAACUGCACAGAACAGGCCUGGGAAUGACCUGUGUGAAGGACAUUAAUUCAAAUCACAGAAAAUCAUUAUUUAUUUUUUUGUAGUAAUGUCAUAUGAAUGUAUCUUAAAAUGUGUGUCCUUUUAUAUUAUUUAUGCCUGAAAAAUGCCUUUCCCUAUUCCUUCCUUCCCCCUCAGUAGGAAAUGGCCUUUUACAUAGUUUUCAAUCAUCUGGAGAGUAGAGGGAUCACUGUGUGUUUUCUAAAACCCUCAGUGACACUAAGAACUCCUUAAGCUGUGGGUACAGUCUGUUGGCUUUCAGCUAGGAGGGAGUUGCACAGGCCAUUUGAAGUUGGCCCCCUUCACAUUUUCAGAUGGAAAACUGUCAUUCAAUAUUAUGUUAACAGACCUGAGAACAUUUUGAAAUCAACCACAUUUGCAACCUAAUGUUUAUAAUAGCAGAUCUGGCUGAUAAAGUUUUACAAGAGUGCCUUCCAUAAACUACUUAUUUACCUUCUGUCUGCCCGUGGGCAUCAAACAAUGUUCAGUCUUCUAAGCACCAACCAUAGCCAGUGUUAUGGACAAGGGAGAGUGUGAGGUCUAAUUGUAUUAUGCAGGAUGUAGGAGGACAAGUAUGGCUGGAGAGAAAUUAAUGCCUUAAUAUCCCACUGCUUUAAAAUUACAUUACUUUAUAAAAUGAUUGUCACAUGGCUCUUUUUCAACUAUUUCUAAGAGUAGGAACAACAACAACAAAAAAGACAACUGUAAAGCAGUGGCUUGAAGAGAAAGAUACACAUUUUAAAAAGAAGGAAAAGGGAGGGCUACAGUGACUUCUCUUGGCAGAAGCUUUUCAUCCUGUUUCAUAGGUAUAUGCUCAUGGUGCCAUACUGCUUGACAGUAGUCAUUUUCUCACUUCCUAUAUGGAUAGCAGUUGGAACACAUGAGUGCAUGUGUGUAAGUCGGUUUUUCAUCACUGUAACAAAAUACCUGAGGUAAUUUAUGUGUAAAGAAAAAAGAUUUAUUUUGGUUUCUAGUUUUAGAGGCUCCAAUCCAUGAUUGAAUAGCCCUAUUGGUUUAUGCCUGUACCAAGACAGCACAUCAUGGAGGGAAUGUGUGGUGGAGCAAAAACCACUUCCAUCACAAACCAGGGAGCAAUGGGAGAAAGAGGAAAGGGCUGGGAUCUCACAGUUCUAUUUAAGGGCACACCCCAGUGACCUAAAGACCUCACCCCACCUAUUAAAGGUUCCAAACCUCCCUAUGGUGCUACCCUGGGGACCAAGCUUUUAACACUUGGACUCCUGGGGCACACUCAAGAUCCAAACUGUAGCAGAGUGUCAGAAAAGACUUAAUUUUGAGGAAAAAAGUUUGUUUGUUUUAGUUUCCUGAUUUUUUUUUUCCAGAAUGCAUUGUAAACAGGCAUCUAAAGCUUUGAUAAACAGAGCUUAUGCAUCACAAGUUGCUGCUGCAGCCUCCGAGUGACAAGGACAUUACAACUGCCUUUUGGAAGUCUUCUUUCUCAAUGUUAGGAAAAGAAAAAAAAAUCAAACAUUAUAAAUGUAUUUCAUGUCUUAAGUCAGGUUUUCAUGAAGUCACUGCUCUUUUUUGGAUUGUGCAUCCCUUUGGGGGAAGAAACAAAAAAAAUCAUUCUUCUUACAUAAGAUCGAGCAGUUAUAGCAUAAGUUUUUUUUUUUUUUUUUUUUUUAAAAAAACUAGUUUCUCAGAAAUUGCAGUGGAAUAGAAUAAUAGAAUACUAUGUUAAUCAACUGUAUGUAAAUGCAUCAGUUUUUCCUUACAUGUGUUUAUAUAUUUUAUAAAUAGAACUGUUAGUGAAAAUGUUCUGUUUCAGCUGGGUCACUAAGCUAGAGUUACUUCCAGUAGAUUAUAGGAAAUAUAGUGCCAUAGCUGGAUAUUAGAACUAUAAGAAAAGCAAGUUCUACAUUCCAAUGUUCAUGCCUGUAGUGUACCAGAUUAAUUCUUUGUGUUGUUUAGAUGCAAUUAGCUUUGGAGGGGGAUAGCUGCAGCCCUUACUUCUCUGACUAGCAAAGGACAAAGUCCUAGUACAUAGAACAUAAAGAAUACCCAGUGUGAAUCAACUAAAAUACACAGAAGAAGUUUAAGGAAACUAGGGAGUAGGUGUCCCUGGCAGUCAUUUUGAUUCCUGAAACAGGUGUAUUAGCAUAAGCUUUAGGUCAGAAACUGCUUCUAAAGAUUGAGUUUGAAUAUGGGACUUGUCCACGAGGAAAAGAAAAUAACUUUACCUUUCUGGCAAUCUCAUUCUGGACUGCUUUAUUUAUAUGAUUAGUAACACUGUUUUAAGUGUUAUUCAUUUUAUUGUAUUUUAUUUAUAAAAAUGCCUUUAUAUAUUGAGAUAUAUAAAUAUGAAUAUAAAUAUAUAGAUAUAUAUAGAUAUAUAUAAUUGCCUUUAUGUUUAGGAAUUAUGAGUUCUCCCUAAACGUGAGUUGCUCUGAACUUUCAUGCCCUGCAGGGUCACCAGAAACAAUCCUAAUUAAUGGUACUUCCCCAGGAAAUAAAAGGACAUAGGACAUUGUGGGGGACAAUACUCACAUUUGUUAAGGAACUCCUGUGUCCCAAGUUCUGAGCUUAGUGCUAGUUACUAUUAUCUCACUCUACCCUCACAACAAAUCUACCAAGUUGGUAUGAAAAUUCCCAGGUCACAUAAUGAGCUGAAUUGGAACCCAGUGUAUCUGUGGUCAUCGUGUACGCUUCUGUUUUUUCCAUACUGCUUUCCAGAAGCACUAGGGUUCACUCCUAUAGAACUUGCCCAGUAACUUGUGCUGUCGUCUGCCCCUGCUGUGUAAUUCCUCAGAGGCUCUGUCUCUGCAGCUGCAGAAGAUCCCCACCCCUGCUCCCCGCCCCCUCCCCACCCCCACCCCCACCGGCCUUGGCAGAGCUCUGUGCUUGUUACUGUCUCUAGCAGGCCACAGUCCUCCCCUGGAUGCCCUUCAUUCCCAACCCCUGUCCAAGACCUUGAUCUUCACUCUGCUCAGUGAUCAUGAAAUUGAUGAGGCCUCUUCAGGUUCCUCCUAGUCCUAGUCCUCGAACUCUGAUUCUUUGUUCCCCUGUUCCUGUUACGCCAUUCCACCAUCUCCCUUUGAUUUUCUUCUUUCAGUUAUGCACUGAUGGUCUGAUGGCACCUGCCAUACAGGAUGCAAGUUAAAUUGCAAUGUUCAAAACCUUUUGAAGCUGUCUUUUCAGAAAGUAUUUCUUGCUGGGUUUUGCUUUUAUAAAAUAGGUCUCUAAAGACCAAAGCAUCCAUACUGGGUUGACCAUGUCACAUCAUUCCAGCUGUAAUACUGCCAAGAAAUUAAUGUUUAUAAUUGAACUUCACCUGUGUUGCUCUAUUUUUUUAAAACAAUGACUCUGAGAUGCAUGUUUUGUAUCAUAUUGAAAAGUAUGUUUUUAUUUUUCCCUAAAGUUGUAAUAUUGUUUGAAAUUGUACAUAUUUUAAAUGAUGUAGCUUUGACAGGUUUUAUCUGUUUGAUGUGGUUUUAUAUUAAAAAGAGAAUGCUGCUUUCA